AUGAACCAGUUUUAUAAACCGUAUAUGUUCCCUAGAUGGCGGCUUAUGGGUGCUCAGAUGCAGCAGCAUGUUCCUCUGUAUUCUGUAUCACAAUCGUGCGUGAACAAUGGAGUGUUUGGAAGGUGCCAGAAGGUUCCAGCGAUAGACGUAGACCGCCAUGAAGUGUCCCCGCUGGCUCUGCAGCACCUCGCCGCCACCUUGCAGAAGCUCUCCCGUACAGGCUUCACGUGGCAGGACGACUACACCCAGCACGUGAUGGCCCAGGAACUCUCAACCCUUCCCCACACCUACCCGCAGCAUCUGGAAGCUUCUGACACAGCCAGGAGCUCAAAGCUGAGUGUGGAUAAGGAAAGGAGGUAUAGUCUGGAGGAUGACAGCGCUCUGGCCGAGGCUGUUCAGCGCUACCUGCCCUACCUGGAGGCCCUGUCGUGGGCUGCUCCGAACCCGCGCCCCAGGACAAGGCACGACAGACCAUCUGCUCAGUUUGUCACCAGCCGCAAGCACAUCCUGAUCAAUGUGCUUGUCAGUGCUGCCUUCAGGCUGUGGGACAAACGGGAGAAGAUGUUCUGUGAACGUAGUCCAGAGCUUGGCACACCGCUAGUCCUCGUGAUGCCGCUGGGGGAGGUGACGGUGGCGAUCGUGGCCCUGGUGGCCAUCUGGAUGGGGCUGCUGCUGAUGAUGCCCCUACAGGGUCAGGACCCCCGUGCUGACGGCGUGCUGACCUUCACGGCGCGGACGUCUGCUUUGACCUACGCUCCCGGGCCCCGGGCCGAUCACCCCGGGGGCCGCCCUUUGCAGACACGCAGCCGGCUGCGGCCUGACGAGCUGAGCCCCAAGGUAGACAGCGGUGCCAACAGGCAGAGCCUGGUAACUUCGCUGGGCACCUCUGCAGCUCGGAAGCCCCCAGCGCCCCACGGGGAGGGCGACCCGGGGCCUCAGAACCCGCUGCGUACGCCCUGGAGAUCAGCAAGGGUCCUCUCAGCCCCAGCGGCCCUCCGGAAACGGCCUUCAUCACCAGGAGACCCCGAGGACCCCCCGGCCUUCAGCGAUGAAGCACUUAUCCGGAGUCUCCUGAAGGACCUGGGAAAGCAGCCUGUGGAGGGUCUGAGCCCCCUGGGCCUCGGCGAGAUGGCCCACGUGAUUGCUACCUCCGUGCGGGGUGUGGAUGCAGAAGGGGAGCUGAAAGGAGCCGCAGGAAAGCCACGAGAGGCCGGUGCUGGCAAGCAGGGCGGAGACGGCACGGCAGAUGACCGGGGACCAGACGGUGAAGGUGGCGUUUACAAGGAGGUCAGUCGUUUGAGCCUCCAACUCGGGGACCACCUGCAGGCUCCUGGGUCCCGACUCUUUCCUGCCACCCCCCUUCUUAUGGAGCCCUUCAAAACGGAGAUGAAGAAAUCAGAGACGCCCAGGAUGCCCCCGGCUCGGGAGGAGGAGAGCGCUGGGGUGGAGGACGUGAGGAGUCAGACCUACUCCAAGGAGCGGUUGGAGGGGCUGCCUCCCUCAGAGCCCAGGGCGGGCGGCUUUGGCGAGUUCCAGACCUGGGUUCCAGGGCCCUCGCAGGAAGAUGCCCGCCUUGGAGCUGGAGCCCAGGGGCGCCCCAGUGAAGGCCUGCGGCUGGAGGUCAGGCCUUCCCAGGAGGAGGAAGGCUACAUCGUGACCGGAGAUGACCCCCUGAGCCCAGAGAAGGGGAAGGAGCUGAUGGAGAGCAUCGCACGGCUCCUGGAGGUGCCGAUGAGUGUCUUCCCAGACAUCGCUGUCCUGGGACCAGCCGUGACCUUCAGAGUGAGCGCCAGCGUCCAGAACCUGACGACGGCGGACGUGGUGCAGGCUACAGUUGACAACAAGGACAAACUGGAAAAGGCGUCUGGACUGAAAAUUCUUCACGCUGGAAGUGGGUCGAAAAGCAAACUCAAGCUUCUGCCACACGGAGCAGAGCAAGAGGACUCGACCCCGUUCAUCGUGCUGACCCUGGUCUCUGUCGUGGCCAUGGUUGGGGUCCUCCUGGCCUCUGGUGUCAUCUACUGUUUGCGCCACACCUCCCACUCCCGGCUGCAGGAGAAGCUCUCGGACCUGGGGGAGCACCCCGGCCCAGAUGCCACCAACGCCUACCAGGACCUGUGCCGGCAACGCAUGGCCGUGCGCCCGGAGGCCCCGCACGCGUCCCGCAUCAACAGCGUCUCGUCCCAGUUCAGCGACGGGCCGAUGCCCAGCCCAUCCGCACGGAGCAGCACGUCGUCCUGGUCCGAGGAGCCCGUGCAGUCCAAUAUGGACAUCUCCACCGGCCACAUGGUCCUGGCCUACAUGGAGGACCACUUGAAGAACAAGAACCGGCUGGAGAAGGAGUGGGAGGCACUGUGUGUCUACCAGGCCGAGCCCAACAGCUCGCUUGUGGCCCAGAGGGAGGAGAACGUGCUGAAGAACCGGUCUCCGGCGGUGCUGACCUACGAUCACUCCAGGAUCCUGCUGAAAUCCGAGAACAGUCACAGCAACUCGGACUACAUCAACGCCAGCCCCAUCAUGGAUCACGACCCCAGGAACCCUGCUUACAUUGCCACCCAGGGACCGCUGCCUGCCACCGUGGCCGACUUCUGGCAGAUGGUGUGGGAGCGUGGCUGCGUGGUCAUCGUCAUGCUGACACCCCUCUCGGAGAACGGCAUCCGACAGUGUUACCACUACUGGCCCGACGAAGGCUCCAACCUCUACCACGUCUACGAGGUAAACCUAGUCUCCGAGCACAUCUGGUGUGAGGAUUUCCUCGUGAGGAGCUUCUAUCUGAAGAACCUUCAAACCAACGAGACGCGCACGGUGACUCAGUUCCACUUCCUGAGCUGGUAUGACCAGGGAGUGCCUUCCUCCGCGAGGUCCCUCCUGGAUUUCCGCAGAAAAGUAAACAAGUGCUACAGGGGCCGUUCUUGUCCAAUAAUUGUUCACUGCAGCGACGGCGCGGGCAGGAGCGGCACCUACGUCCUGAUCGACAUGGUUCUCAACAAGAUGGCCAAAGGCGCUAAGGAGAUCGACAUCGCCGCGACCCUGGAGCACUUGAGGGACCAGAGACCGGGCAUGGUCCAGACAAAGGAGCAGUUCGAGUUUGCGCUGACGGCCGUGGCGGAGGAGGUGAACGCCAUCCUCAGGGCCCUCCCGCAGUGA